AUGGCAGAAAAAACCGAGUUCCAAAAGCAAUUACAGAACAUUUGUAUCAGUGGAAUGAUAUCGGCCUCAAUCGCAUUGGGCAGCCGACUACAUCUGUUUGAAGCGCUAGCCAGUGUUGGAAGUGCAGAAAAUCCAGCUACGCCAAAGCAAGUAGCCGAAAAGGCUGGAUGCAAAGAGCGGUAUGUGAAGGAGUGGCUAUCGACGAUGGCAGUGGGUAAGGUCAUCGAAGUAAACAAAGAUGAGAAGUUCUGGAUUCCCAAAGAGAAUGUCGAGGCACACUGCUAUCGGUUCUCCCUUGGUCUAGGAAUGACCGUAACAAAGUUGCAGGAUCUGACAUGCGGGCUAGAUGUACAAUUCAACCAGUUCCUCCCUCUGCUUCUCGGGCCUUACAACAAAGUUUGUGACGUAUUCAAAACGGAAGGCCCACUAGGGCUCACCUAUGAGGACUUUACUGAUUUUUACGAAACCCAAUCAUCAGUCAGUGAAGCUUACCACAAAAAUCACUUCAUCAGCGACUUAAUUCCUGCUCUUGGAGCAGAUAUGCCAGAACGUUUGGAUAAAGGAGAACUGAUGUGCUUGGAUGUUGGCUGUGGUAAUGGCUUCCAUGCCGCUCUUUUAGCACAAACUUACCCCAAGUCCAAUUUCACCGGAAUUGACAUCACUUUGGAAGCAGUUCACCUGGCUAAUCAACAAAGGCAAGUGUCCACUUUCCGCUUAUUCACUACUCCUGCCAUUGGACUAACGGACAACGGUCAGAUGUUCGACAAUCUGGCCUUCAUACAGAUGAAUGCUAGCAAAAUGGAUGAUGAUUGGACGGAAAAAUACGACCUGGUCACAGUAAUCGAUGCCUGUCACGAUCAGAUGAGACCCGAUUUGUGCUUGAAAGAGAUCUACCGUGUCCUCAAACAAGGAGGAGUUUUCGGCAUGUUGGAGAUAAAAGGGACGUCGAACGUCUUCACAGACAGAGAGGAAAUAGGUUUGACCGCUGCGCUAUCGUACACUUGCUCGGUCUUUCAUUGCCUUCCAGUUGGCAGUAAUUCACCAGGCAAGUGA